GAGGCGCUGAGGCGGAGCCAAUGAGCUCACGGCCUGGGGCCUGGAGGCGGGAGACGCUGGUGCGGAGCUCCGGGUGGGGAAAGGAAGCCGCGACCAGAGCCGCCGGAGGGAGGGGACCGAGCCCCCCGCCAGACUCGGAUCCCAAAUGGCGCAGUGGGAGAUGCUGCAGGAUCUCGACAGCCCGUUCCAGGAGCAGCUGCACCAGCUCUAUGCAAACAGCCUCCUGCCGGUGGACAUUCGGCAGGACCUGGCGGUGUGGAUCGAAGACCAGAACUGGCAGGAAGCUGCGCUGGGCAAUGACCAUUCCCAGGCUGAUAUGCUCUGCUUCUACUUCCUGGAACAACUAAACGAAGAGUGUGCCCGCUGCAGCCAGGACCCCGAGUGCUUGUUGUUGCAGCAUAACUUGCGAAAAUUCUAUCGGGACAUUAAGGCCUUACCCCGGGGCCCUAUCCAGUUGGCUGAGAUGAUCUUCAAUCUCCUUCUGGAAGAAAAACGAAUUCUGAUGCAGGCUCAGAGGGCUCAAGUGGAGCAAGAAGAGCCAGCCCCCGAAGCACCUGUACAGAGCCAGCAGCAUGAGAUCGAAUCCCGGAUCCUGGAAUUAAGGGCUAUGAUGGAGAAGCUGGUGAAGUCCGUCAGCCAGCUGAAGGACCUGCAGGAUGUCUUCCUCUUCCGAUUCAACACUCAGGCCCCAGCGAGGACACCUCUGGACCCCCAUCAGACCAGACAGGAGCAGAUUCUGCAGGCAACUCUCAAUGAACUGGACAAAAGGAGAAAGGAGGUGCUGGAUGCCUCCAGAGGACUGCUCGGCCGACUGACCACCCUAACGGACCUCCUGCUGCCCAAUCUGGAGCAGUGGAAAGCCCAGCAGCAGAGAACCUGCAUCGGAGCCCCCGCGGAGGGAGGGCUGGAACUGGUCCAGCUGGAGAAGUGGUUCACAGACGGAGCCCAGCUCUUGUUUCACCUGCGGCAGCUGCUGAAGGAGCUGAAGGACUUGAGCCAUGUCAGCUAUGACAACGACCGGCUGGCCUCAGGGGCGGACCAGCAGCAGGCCCGGGCCACAGAGCUGCUGCGGCACCUGCUCCACAGGGCCUUUGUGGUGGAGAGCCAGCCAUGCAUGCCUCAGACUCCCCACCGCCCCCUCGUCCUCCGCACCGGGAGCAAGUUCACCGUCCGAACAAGACUGCUGGUGAGGCUGCAGGAAGGCAGCGAGUCACUGACUGCAGAAGUCUUUAUUGACAAGAAUCCUCCUCAAUCACAGGGCUUCCGGAAGUUCAACAUUCUGACCUCAACCCAGAAAACGUUGACCCCCGACAAAGGGCAGAGUCAGGGCUUAAUUUGGGACUUCGGCUAUCUGACUCUGUUGGAGCAACGUGCGGGCGGCUCAGGAAAGGGCAGCAGCAAGGGUCUGCUGGGCGUGACAGAGGAACUGCACAUCAUCAGCUUCACGGUCAGAUACACCUACCAGGGGCUGAAGCAGGAGCUGAAAGCAGACACCCUCCCUGUGGUGGUCAUUUCUAACCCGAACCAACUCUCCAUCGCCUGGGCCUCCAUUCUCUGGUUCAAUCUGCUCAGCUCAGACCCUCAGAAUCAGCAGUUCUUCUCCAGCCCCCCGAAGGCCCCCUGGGCCUUACUGGGCCCCGCGCUCAGUUGGCAGUUCUCCUCCUACGUUGGCCGAGGCCUCGACCGGGACCAGCUGAACAUGCUGAAGGACAAGCUGUUUGGGCAGAACUCUGGGAGCGAGGGGGCGUCGUUGUCCUGGGCCGACUUCACCAAGCGAGAGAGCCCGCCGGGAAAGCUGCCGUUCUGGACGUGGUUAGACAAGAUCCUGGAGCUGGUCCAUGACCACCUGAAGGAUCUCUGGAAUGAUGGGCGCAUCAUGGGCUUCGUGAGCCGCAGCCAGGAGCGCCGGCUGCUCAAGAAGACGGUCUCCGGCACCUUCCUGCUGCGCUUCAGCGAGACGGCGGAGGGCGGCGUCACCUGCUCCUGGGUGGAGCACCAGGACGAUGAUAAGGUGCUCAUCCAGUCGGUGAAGCCCUUCACCAAGGAGGUGCUGCAGUCGCUGCCGCUGACCAAGAUCAUCCGCCACUACCAGCUGCUCACCGAGGAGAACGUGCCCGAGAACCCGCUGCGCUUCCUCUACCCCCGCACCCCCCGCGACGAAGCCUUCGGGGGCUACUACGAGGACAAAGUCAAUCUGGAGGAGCAAAGGAAGUACCUGACGCGGAAGCUCAUCGUGGUCUCCAACAGGCAGGUGGAUGAGCUGCAGCUACCGCCGGAGCCUAACCUGGAGCCAGAAGUGGAGUCGUUAGAGCUGCCUCUGGAGCUGGCUCCAGGCCCGGAGCUGGAUCUAGGGCUAGACCUGGAGUUGGAGCCACUGCUGAAGGCAGGGCUGGACCUGGGGCCACCACUGGAGCCUGCACUGGACGGGGUAUCCCCAAGAAUGCCGGACCUGGCACCAGAGCUGAAGCUGGAGCCUCUUCUAGAGCCUGUUUCACAGCCCAUGCCAGAGGCAGAGCCAGAGUCAGACUUGCCCCACGAUCUGAGACACUUGAACACUGAGGGAAUGGAAAUCUUCAUGAACAACAUCGAAGAAAUCAUGCCAAACGGCGACCCGCUGUUAGCGGGCCAGAGCCCCGUGGAGGAGGCGUGCAUCUUCUACCGCAGCCAUUUCUUCGCAGACGGCCCCUUGACUCCUGACUACUAGGAACUACGUUUCCUCUCUUCUUUCCAUCUCUUACCCCGUACCAAUCCCUACAUCACGGUGUCGCUCUCCCAGGAUGGGGAAUCAAGCACGUGCCCCUCCAAGCUGGGUUAACGGCCUGAUUUGAAGUGUAAUAUGGGUUAGAAGAGGGCACCAGUGAACCAGAACGGAUGUUGGCCAUCGCCCAACGUAGCAUCCCGGAGGCUGCCUGCUGUGCUGGGAGGAGUAGCGGUUUUAGGAACAGGCCGGGGCAGUUCGGAGGUACUUGGAGGGCUCAGAGAAGUCGCUUCUUUCCAGGAUGGGAGAAUUUCCACGUUUUAACAGCUGGAAAGACUAACCUGGCGCCCACUGGCAUUGGCCCGCAGUGCGGAACGGACCUGUGGCAGGACUCCAUGUCUCCUCCCUCAUGGCAAAGACGGCCUUCUCCUUUCUCCCUCCCCUCACUCUGGUCCUAAGUUUCCUCUUUUCCUGCAGGGACUGAGCGCUUCCUGCUCAGCCACACUGUGAAGCUCCCCUCUGAAGACGGAAGUAGGAGGUAGACCUCUUCUCCUCUUCUUACCUGUCCCUCCCGCCGCCCUCCAGAGCCAGGGCUAAGCCUGCAGGUAGAGCCACCACUAAAGGCAGGGCUGGCCCCGGGGCCUUUAGCACUGGCCACAUCCAUUCCUCCCCUGGAAGCCGAGCCUGCCAGCCUGAUGUGCCUGUGAAGCUUUGCACAAUGAUAACUCUGCCUCGUCUCCACUUUCCCGAUGCUUAGGAGACAGGGGUUACCUAGCUGAGAAUUCAGGAACCGCUUUUUAUAGUAUAGAUUGGCAUGUUUUCGGAGGAAGAGAACCCCGGGGGGGUCUUAUAUAUUUCUCUAUUAAGAUGUCAUCCCUUUCUUCUGUGCAAUCUACCUGAAAAGAC